AUGAAAAAUCAAAGGGAAAAUGUGGUGAAAAAGGAAUCAAUUUCCACGACAUGUACAAAAUUAGAAAAAAUUAAUAAAAAUGAUGAAAGAGAUGAUAAAGAAGACAGAAGAAGAACUGGAAGAUAUCUUGCCGUUGGUGUCACCGUAGUUAUGAUAUUAAUUGCAUUUUAUCACACAAUGAAAAGAACAACAAUAUUAGCUGGUCUUCUUGCUCCCGCCAUUAUAAUGCUUAUAUACGUAUUAUGGCUUUUAUAUUUUGCUAAAAAAAAAAAAUCACAACAGGUAAAUAUUUAA